UAAACAUUUGGACUGGAGUCUAUCGGUUAGACAAGUAAGGAGCAUUCGUAGACGGUAGACCUAUCGGCAGCAUCAUGGCUAAAGUUGUCCUGCGUUCGGUUCUUGCCGCGUGUUUGCUUGUCUCAGCAUUGUGUGCACCUGACAAUGCUGGUAGCGAGUUUAUCAUAGGCUAUAUGGAAAACAUCGCAGCUAAUUUUGACGUCGAACUCUUCGUGACGACCAUGAAAACAACAACCGUCAACGUUCAAAUCUCAGCACCACGUUAUUCUACAGCAGGAAUCAGCGAGAGUUUCACCGUCACUUCGGGGUAUGUAAAAGAGUUGGCAUUCUCGCCCCUAAUUCGUAUGUCGGGAACGAACUUGGAUUCCAAGGGAAUAUGGAUAACCGCGGACGACGAAGUCGUGAUCUACGGUAUCAACAAGGAAACAUAUUCAUGUGAUGCAUUUCUAGGUCUUCCCACCGAUGUUAUUGGUAAGGAGUAUUUUGCCGUUACAUACUAUCCUCCAUCACAACAAUGCGAGAUAUUGGUUGCUGCCGUGAAUGAUUCUACAACGGUUACAGUAACACUGGGAACAGCUCUAUCUACAGAUUAUGUGUACUAUGACAGUACAUAUUACUACUCCGGAGACUCAUUUUCGCUAUCAAUGGACAGAUUCGAUACAUUUCAAUUUAAAAGCUCUGGGGAUCUUACCGGCACCAAAGUCGAGGCUGACAAAAACAUUGCCGUUUUCAGCGGAAACAAGAAAACAAAGAUUGGAACUGGCGGAAGUUCGGAUCAUUUAGUUGAACAACUGACACGUGUGGAUUCCUGGGGUAAGAAUUUCAUCACAGUUCCUAUUCCCUUGCGAACGGUUGGAGACUACUUCCGUUUCAUAGCCAGUGAGGACUCCACGGUAGUUACGAUCACGGGUGGGUUCAGUGAUACUUUUACUCUUGCUACCGCUGGUGACAUGAUCCAAAAGGAGAUUCCGUCUGCAGCUUACUGUAAAGUUACAACCGACAAACCAAUUUUGUUGGUACAGUUUUGCUUGAGCCAGCAGUCAAGUAGCGAAAAGUCUGACCCUAUGAUGAUGAUCAUUCCGCCUAUCGAGCAGUUUGCAGCAGACUACACCUUUGCGACGCCUAGAUACUCCCAAGGAUCGUAUAAUAACUACUUCAUGUUUGUGGUAAAAGACUCGGAAAAGGAUGGACUCCGACUGGAUGGUGCUGCGUUUCCUUCCACCACCUAUAACAGCAUUAGCGGUACCGACUAUGUCGCCGGAUAUGUUUCUCUUAGCCACGGCUCCCAUACAGUUCGGCACACCUCGACAAUCUCCAUCUUCGGAGGUUACUUAUACGGCCAAGCCAAUUACGAAACAUACGGUUUUACAACAGGCAUGCGCAUGGCUCCAAUCAACACCGUUUGUGUCCCCAGUACCACAGUGGUUGGUGAUGGCUUGGACAACGAUUGUGACGGUCUGAUAGAUGAAGAAUUGUGUACGACGGCCAAUAAUGGAGCAGAUGAUGAUGGAGAUGGCUUGUUUGAUGAGGAUUGCGCCAAACCUGCCCCAGUUGACGGUAACUGGGCUGGCUGGGGGUCCUUUGGUGAUUGCUCAUUGACCUGCAUGGACUUCGGAAGCUCACAGACGGGAAUCAUGCAACGGACUAGGAAUUGUUCAGAUCCAGCUCCAGCGUAUGACGGUGCCCAGUGUGUAGGAGAUGGCACAGAGACUCAGUCCUGCACUACAACUACCUACUGUCCAAUACAUGGCGAAUAUGGACAAUGGGCGUCUUGGGGAGACUGUUCUGUGACAUGUGCAACAGGUAUCAAAAAUCGCACACGUGCAUGUGACUCACCCGCCCCUCAAUACGGCGGCGACAGUUGUGUAGGAGAUGAUUCUGAAGCGACGUCUUGUACACUUAACCCAUGCCCAAUUGAUGGAGGAUUCACCGACUGGUCACCGUGGGGCACCUGCACUGUCACGUGCGGAGGCGGCACACAGGACCGAACCCGUAGCUGUACCAACCCAGCUCCUGCCCACGGGGGUGCUAGCUGUAACGGGACAGAUUUCGAAAGCCAGGACUGUAACACGGCCGUUUGUAUCAUCGAUGGAGCAUGGGGAGCUUGGGGAUCAUACGGAGUGUGUACGGCUCAGUGUGGAGGGGGACAGCAGUCACGCUCACGAAGCUGCGACAAUCCACUUCCGGCCAAUGGCGGCCUCCAAUGUGUUGGAGACUCCAGCGAGUUUCAGACGUGCAACUCUGGUGCCUGUCCAAGCGCCUCCCCCGGCACCUAUGUGCAGAAUUGUCCAUCUGGAUGGUUUUCUUGUGCAAAUCCAUCGUCAAUCAGUUGCGUAGAAGAUUCCUUCAAGUGUGACUGUUCCUCGGACUGUGACGACGGAAGUGACGAAACAACAACGUAUGCCGGAUGUUCAGCUGCCGUUCUGCAGGCGUGUGCAGCAUCUGGUACCGGGGGAUCCGGAGCUGCAGAAGCCAUUACAAAGGUAUCUGCUGUCCUGCUGCUCCUCUGUGUCUUUGUGGCUGGCCAGGUUGCCUUCUAAAGAGCAAAAUGAAAGAAGAAUGGGCACAACAUGCAUGUAGGCUUGGUUUUAAAACGUGUUUAUUGAACGAACUUUCUCUUACACAUGUGCCCGCAUUGUCCUCUAUAUUAUUAUUAAUUUUAUCAUUUGAAUAUGUACAGUUUCUUUCGAUAUCAACAAUUAAAAAAUCAGACGUACACCCUUCCACGUUUAGGAGUCAUCGGACCCUGUCCCUUUUAAGAAACCAUUAAUUGUUCUACUGAUCAAAUUUUGUCUAUUGAAUUAGCAUCGUUGGCGAAAUUCAUCAACCGCAACGAUUGAAUAUACGGAAAUGUAGGGUUUUUAGGAUUUUAAAGUAAACAUUUAAAAUGUAUAUGUCUUUUGUUUGCAAGAGAUACAGAAUAGUGCUCCAAUUUUGUUGGAUUAAUCUUUUUCUGUUUAUUCUGAAGCUACGCAAAGAAUACUGACUUCCCAUCGUAUCAUAACAGUGUUGAGUGAAACGGUUGGCCGGUAUAUCUUGAUGUUUAUCUGGGUGAACAUGCAUAGAUAAAAAACAAUAACUAAAAUUAAAUACCAGAAUUUAACUGUAAUAAUGACGAGGUGUCCAUUCAGACAUGCGAUGAAGUACUAACUUAUCAUUUAAGAAAAUUUCUAUGACGUAGUUCACAAAAUAUUAUUUUGAGUAUUAGCACUAUAUUUAUGUUUAAUCUCUAUUGUACUCAUCACGCAGUACUCCUUUCAUCACUAGGCCUGAUAACCACAUUUUGAAUUUCAAGACAAUGUUCUUUACCUUUAUUUAUUCCAACGAUGUUUUCAUGUACAAUCUUAAUCUCAGUCGUGCUGUGAAAUAUAUUUAACAAUGACAAAGUGCUUUACAUUUAUUUACCAACCAUGUUGAUUAUUCUUUUUAUCAUUUAUUACAUUAAAAUAUUGUUUUCUAACCUGG